AUGUUGUUUCGAACAGCCCUGCGGGCUCGUCCGCUACGGCCCGCUGGCUUCCGCGCGGUGCGCUUCAAUUCCUCAGCACCUCUCGUUCGCAUCGAAAAUGGAACCUUCUACAAGCAAUAUCCGACCGAAGACAACGCUGCAACCAAUCUCCCGCUUUACCCGAACCUCAACUUUACUCUGCCCUCCGACGUUGUAACCUCUCAGAAGGGCGAAUCCUCACUGCAGCAUUGGGCUGUCAUUGGACCCUCGGGGCGAACGGAUCUUCUCGACAUUUUCCGUGGCCAUCACAUCUCGAUCCCUCCCACUGCCCGAUCAUAUCCCUACCUCCUCUCCGAUGAAAUUGCCGCGAAGGACCCCCGGCUACGCAUUAUCGGAAAUGCCAUUCAGUAUAUUGGAUUCAGUGGCGAAGGCUCUGUUGCCAUUGGAGGAACUCGUGGCGCAUAUUUGAGUGCGCGCUACGAAAGUCUUCGCGAGGAGACUGAUUGGACGGUGGAGCAAUUCUUGCGCGGUCAGACAUCUUUGAAUCCUCCAGAGGGAGAAGAGAAUGGGACCUUGAAGGAUGAGCAAUUACUCAAGGAAGUUGUCGCUGAUCUGCACCUGGAGUCCCUGCUUAACAUGCCAGUCGCAAACCUGAGCAACGGACAGACGCGGCGGGCACGUAUCGCUAAGGCUUUGCUGGAGAAGCCGGAAUUGUUGCUCUUGGAUGAGCCUUUCAUGGGACUGGACCCGGCCACUGCCCGAAGCAUCUCAAACCUGCUCCAUCGACUAGCAGGGAAACAAUCACCACGGCUGGUCCUGGCACUUCGCCCUCAAGAUCGGGUGCCAGACUGGAUCUCUCAUAUAAUACUGGUGGGCAACGCUCACCAGGUCCUCCAACAGGGGACGAAGUCGGACAUUUACUCCACUCUUGAAGCAUGGCAAAAGUUGCCAGUGAAAGGACACCGAAUUCCGAAGGAUUCUGACAAAAAGGCAAAGUUGCUUGAGUUCCGUGCCCAUUUGGAAUCAGGGAACCUCGAUGAGCAAUUACUCGAGGAUUUCACUUUGAACCAGACCAAAAAGUCUUCCACACAUGGCCCGGCACCAUUGGGUGGGGAGGCUCUCAUUGAAAUGGAUGGCGUUCGUGUUCAGUACGGCGACAAGGUCGUACUGGGUGACUGGAAGCAGAAAGUGAAUGACGAAACAAAAGACGGCCUUCACUGGCGGGUGCGCCGAGGUCAACGCUGGGCAAUCCUGGGUGCGAACGGUUCCGGGAAGACGACGUUGCUGUCGUUGAUCACAUCGGACCAUCCCCAAACAUACUCACAGCCCAUUAAAUUGUUUGGUCGGUCUCGCCUUCCUGAGGCGGGAAAGCCCGGCAUUUCCAUUUUUGAACUACAAUCUCGCCUCGGCCAUUCAUCACCUGAAAUUCAUGCCUUCUUCCCACGUCAGUUAACAGUGCGCGAGGCUCUUGAGUCGGCCUUUGCGGAGACUUUCCUGUCCAAGCCAGAGCUCGAUCAUGAGAAAGACCUGGAUGUGAGCGCAGCGCUUCGAGCUUUCAAGGCCGAGCUUGAUCCUAAUGCAGUCCAUGAAGAACCACCAUCGGUCUCUACCGGUACAAUGUUCCCGAACCUUGACCCGGAUGGAUCGCGCCGGUCAAAAAAAGCUGCCACCAACUUCUACAUGCCGUUGGAAUACCAGGUUGAGUACGCUGAUAACAUCAAAUUUGGUGAGCUAAGCACUGCUCAGCAGCGAAUUGUGCUGUUCCUGCGAGCCUUGAUUCAUAAACCGGACAUUGUCAUUCUUGACGAACCCUUUUCAGGCCUGACAGCUUCGCAACGUGAUAAGUGCUUGCAGUUCAUUGAAACUGGGGAAACCCCUGAGAGCCCGAAAAUCUCCAAAAGCAUCCCAUUACGACACCGCGGAUUGUCCGAGGACCAGGCGUUGGUCCUGAUCAGCCACGUGAAGGAGGAAAUCCCCGAUAGUGUACGGUAUUAUAUGCGCCUGCCAUCCGAGCUAGGCCUGGGCGCAGACCCUGUCGAUUUCCGCGCUGGCAUGCUCAGGGAUUCCAGUGUUUUGAGUGACUCGGCAGUCUGGGAUUUGGUGUGGUCUCCCGCAGAGCAGUUCGUACAAAAGAGUCAGAAGACCACCGUGGAUCCAAACUCCAAGGAUGUCAGUAACGACGACUUUGAGAGAUUUGGAUAUUACACGAUAUAG